AUGGCGAAGGCGGCGUUUAACGGCUUUCUCAAAGCAGCCGACCUAACCGUUACUCUGCUUAUUGUGUUAUAUUUAAUAUUCUCAACCAUAAAUCUGUGCAUAAAGACACCGUUAUCGUCGUUGGUUGCCGUUGGGAUUUUGGCGAUUGCUUGUGCCAGCGCUUACUGUUUGGUAAACGUUAAACGAUGGAUAACACAGGUGAAGAUCGUCUUUUCCAGACCUUCAUAUUCCAAAUGCCAUAGUCAAAAUAAACUAUUAGGUCAUAAAAAUGCUCACCAUUCCUUCUUGGGUGGCAUAUCGAGCGAUAUACCCAUCAGGCGUUCUGCCUUCAGCUUCGAGCACUUGAGUAACUUAUCUCAACAACCAUUUCCGCUAUCUGCAAACGAUGUAAGAUAUUUCAGUUUCAAUAGUGACCACGGAAGACGCAAUCAAUGUAGUAGGGCUCCAGAAGAUAUUUCAUUUCGCGAGAGAUUUUUCGACCGACUGGCUUUCUACAGCUAUUUCGACCCCGAUUUUCAAAAACACAGUGGUUUGUGUCAUUGGCUCAGAUCUAAUUUCAUUUUAGGAUUCCAAUGCCUAAGAUGGAUUCAAUUAUUGGUUAAAACACAGGUGGAUAAAACCAUUGUUGCACAACGCCGUCUGGAUUGUGUCAGGAAUCAUUGUCACUGUUGCGUGGUGUAUAGUGUGGGAGUGGGCGGCUUGGACGAAGGUAACUAUAACUUGUUGCACUGGUCGGUGGAGUUAGUCCCAAAUUCGUACUGGAUUUUGGAAGGAGCCUUUCAACUAAUCUUUUGUUUGAACUAUCUCAUCCAGUAUAUAUUCUCGCUGCGCGGUUUUAUAGAUCUGACGAUGACGUCGGCAUUGACGCAAACGAUGGCUUGGAUUUCUACGUAUCUCAACAUUGAUUCGGUUAAAUAUGAUUCUUUAAACCACUUUGGUCUGCUGUUUUUCGGGCCACUACGAUUUUUGAAGCUCACACAGGCUGAAGAAUUACUGAAUAUAAGUUUCGAUCAUCUUUCUGAUGUUCAAACCAUAAUCAUCGGCAUUGCUACCGCUGCAGUGUCACUGUUGUUUUCAUUCUCUGGAAUGAUGUACCUCUUGGAAGCUCCACGCGAAAGCGUUAACUUUGUUUGUCCCUUCGACUUUAUAUUUUUCGGAGUUGCUACAAUGGGAACGGUGGGAUAUGGAGACUUUGUGCCAAUAACUAAGACGGGCCGAGCGUUGUCAAUUCUUUUGAUUUGCACAUGUAUAUCCUUAGGUGCCGUGCAUUUCAAACGGCUCAAAGAGGCAAUAUCAAGGAAUGUCAUCGACAUGGGUAAGAAGUAUGGCUGUGCAAUCCAAGAUUGUAGGUGUGUUGCCAACUCGUUUGACGGAGUGCUGGACACCGUCAUCGUUGCAACGCCACUACCGCUGGAGUCUUACAGGCUUGUUUAUUGUGCGGUAAAGCGUAAUACGGGAAUAAACCUCUGUAUAAUUGGUGGUAGCGAAAAGAUUUGCGCACCAUCAUCUGUAUACAAAUUUAUUGGAUUAUCUAUGCUUACUGUUGUAGUAAAUAACAUGGAAACGGAAACACACGAAGAUCACAAUGUGGACGAUCAAAUGACGAUCUUACGUUCCAUCGCGUGUUUAAACAUAACAAGACACCUUGGUAUCCCAGUUGGCGUGCAACUGCAUGGAUCAGAUUAUGCGUCGUUCUUGAACUCGUCAGAUAUCACACAGAUUUGUUACCUCCGAGAACUAAAAUACAAGCUAAUAGCUAAGUCAGUGACUUGUAGAGGUUUAUUUUAUUUAAUCCUCACUUUGUUCCACACACCGACAAACAUGAAGAGAACACGCGCUUACGUUGAAGACCUGUAUAAUCUGUUUGCCACUUCCAGUUUAGUUUCAAGGUUUUGCACAUCACUUUUUACAGAUGAGGAAGAAGAGGAACCGCCAAAACAGAAUGCUAGACUUUCACUUCAAGAAGUAACUCAUCAACUCUUUGAAAUUAUAACGGGGAUGAAGUUCCAGCUAUAUAAGCUAGCGUUUCCUUUGUGCACGCAUGGUAAGCGAAAAGAUAAUGGUUUGAAGUUUUUGGAAUUGUGUCAAUAUCUGUAUAAGGUCAAGAAUAUAUUUCUUUUGGGUAUAGUAUCAAAGGAUCGUUGUGUUCUGAACCCUGUAGAUUAUGUAAUCGGCCAACAGGACGAGGUGGUGUGGCAUGGUCUCGUCUUGGCAAAGUCUCUCAGGGAUGUGCUACAUGUAUCUAUGAUAAAGAACCCUAUUCUGGACCUCUUGCCCAUAAAAGUUAGUGAAACGGUUUCCGCCCCACAAUUAGGGAAUAUCAAUGCCAUACUAGAAUUAACUGAAACACUGGCGGAUGAACACAAACGUAUGGAUCGGUCUAUGUUUAAUGGGAUAUUUAAGGUUGAUGAUUGGGAACAGGCGAUGCAAUGCUUUGCUGAGCCACGAGGCAAUCUAAUUUUAGUUUGCGGCUGGCUGCACGACAUGCAUAAUUUCCUCAAAUAUUUGCUUUCAGACAACACGUCAAAUGUCAUAUGUCUGGCGCCACUAGAUAUCGCUACGAAUGAUUGCCCUAUGUCGCUGACUCGUUUUCGAAAAUUUGUCACUUAUAUAGACGGUUCAGCAAUGGAUGCGAAUUCUCUUCUUAUUGCGGGUGUUGCAAAGGCCACUUGCAUUGUUGUCCUAAAUAGUGAACAAGUAUGCUCUAGCCGAAGAAAUAAACAGCUGUCCAAAGAUUCGCAAGUUCUUUUCGUAGGCCAUUUAAUAAAGAAAAUUUUUGCUUCGCCUUCGGAAGUUCUCAAACCUCCGCAUGUUAUUCUGGACAUACAGCAUUCUUCAUGCCUAGAGUACCUGGAUCCUUCUUUGGUGUCUUCUAUGGAGGCUUCUUGUGGUAGGGAUGCUAUGAACCGUCUUUGGCAAAACUUUGGUGAAUUCAUGACAAGCUAUGAAAUGGCAUCAGGCACUAUUUUUGUUCAAGACAUGUUGUACGGUCUUCUUGCGCAUUCUUACAUUCCUUCGUUUAACUCCGUUGGGUACGAUACAAUACAACAAAUUCUUGAUGGUGAUACCGACUCAAAUGUUAGCAACAAUAUAUGCCUGGAUGAAUUGCCCCUUGAUCUUAGCGGAGCAACAUUCGAGAAUUUGUUCAAACGCAAGCUGUUCCUUGAACAAAAAGUUUGUAUAGGUAUAUUACGAACCUACACCACUCCAAUUGUGAAUGGCGAGCAGAAACAACUAAUUAUCGUUGCGCCUCAACCAGCCUUCAUCUUACACAAUGAUGAUCAGGUAUACGUUGUUUGGCCUAAUCACAUGAAUUAA